UGAUUAGACUAAUUAGAGGGAGAGCGAGAGAGAUGGAAAGCCAUUUGAAGAUGGUGUUUGUGGUUAUCUUUGCAUUGGUUUAGGGUAUUAGCACUAGGACAGUUCAUGGUGCAGUUUCACAGUACCAUGAAAAAGAUUGAUAUGAUGAACAGAAAAGUCCCAUACUUGGGAAUUAUAGUACCAAAUUCAUUUGAACUCAACCCUCUUCUUGAAUCUGGAAGCUUUGUUGCUGAUCAUAAGCUUCCCACUUUGGAUUUUUCAGGAACAUAAAUCAAACUCUUUCGAUUCGGACGGUUGGAUAAUCAGUGUGUUGUAAUAGCUAUGACAGGGUUGAGCAUGCUUAAUGUGGGUGUAACAACUCAAUUAUUGCUAAUCCUAUUCAGGGUGAAAGGGGUUGUGCACUUUGGUAUUUCAGGAAAUGCAGAUCCUCAACUCCAAAUUGGAGAUGUCACUAUUCCUCAGUAUUGGGCUCAUACAGGCCUUUGGAAUUGGCAGAGGUUUGGGGAUGGUCCUGAUGAUUUGUUAUCCUUGGAGUCAUUCGGAGACUACACUAGGGAUGUUGGUUACAUAAAAUUUUCCAAUUUUAACAACAAAACAGAAACUAACAAGCCUGUUGACAACUCUCUGAACAAUGCGUGGUACCAACCGGAAGAGAUCUUCCCAGUAACCCAGUUUGGCACCCCUGAAGUUCAGCAGCACGCCUUUUGGGUCCCUGUAAACGAAAAAUAUUUUGCACUUGCUCAACAACUACCGGAUCUGAAGUUAGAAGGCUGUGUCAAUACAACUUUUUCACCAAGAACACCAAUAGUAGUGAGAGUGCAAAAGGGGAUCAGUGCAAAUGUGUUUGUUGACAAUAGUGCAUAUAGACAAUUUUUGAACUCCAAGUUUAAUGCAACUGCAAUUGACAUGGAAAGCGCUGCAGUAGCUCUGGUGUGCAAACAACAAAUGACACCCUUCAUUGUGAUAAGGGCUCUAUCGGAUUUGGCUGGUGGAGGCUCCUCGUUGUCGAAUGAAGCCUCUACUUUCACAUCAUUGGCAGCUCAAAAUGCAGUCACCGUAGUGCUCAAGUUCAUUUCCUUGUUGUCUACCUAG